AUGUAUUCCCAACUACUCUCGUGCUUAACGUUCGCCUUGUUUCUUAUGGAAAUCAGCUGUUCCCCAGUGCAAGUGACGAUUCUCACCGAUACGGCAAAAGAAGGACUUCAUUUGGGACCGUACGAUCGAACGAGAUUCGACUUAAUCGAGAGCUAUAAUCCAUUGGCAACAGCCGGUUUUGCAAAGAGAGUGGACACGUCAAAUUUCAAGGCAAAAAGCGUCGCAUCGAGAGCGAAAGCGAGUGGCGUGAGAAAUAUUUUCAGUGCAGUUGGCGAGGACUCGGAUUUAUUGGGGAAUACGGUGGAAGCAUUUGAGCAUCAAACGCCCGGCCAAUCGAUCAAUGAAGAUGGAGCUGUUCUCGGGGAAUACCUUGAAUGGGGUUCGUGGUCAAAUUGUGUGAAUGGACAGAGGUACAGAACGAGAGCCUGCGUUUCGAGGAGAGCCGCCAGGAGAAUAAGAUGCGAUGGAGCGGCGAAAGAGACUCAAACCUGUUUCUCAGUCGAGGAAUCGAACGUUCGCGUGGCCUCGGAUCCAUGGACAAUCGAGAGGGAAAUCAGUGGACAAAUGAUGAAGCUCAAAAGACCCUUCACUCUGCCAUACGCUCGCGUGUUACCGACUCGUCACACGAGUGAAGUC